GGCGCAGUAGGCCAUGGCGCGGAAAUGGCGGCCGUUGUCGUUGAUAUUGACGGCGGCAGCGCUGGCUUUGGGCAGCCCGAGGGUGGGGGCCGUCGGCCGCAGCUCCCCAGCAGAUGGAAGUUGGCACAGGUACAAGGACAAGAUAUCAGCAGCUGUGGGUUCUUACCAGCCCUGCAUCCAACAUAACUGCAGCUGUCACCAACGUGUCCUAGAGGAUGAUCUUUCACCCUUCAAGCAAGGAAUCUCCAGUGAUAUGAUGGCUGAUACUGUCAGUAAAAAUGUCGGGACUCACUACCAGAUAAUUCAGAACAAGUUGUAUCGACAAGAUGACUGCAUGUUCCCUGCCAGGUGCAGUGGGGUAGAGCAUUUUAUAUUAGAAAUAAUUGACCAGCUUCCUGACAUGGAAUUUGUGCUCAAUGUCCGAGACUACCCUCAGGUUCCAAACUGGAUGAAACCCAUCAGGCCUGUUUUAUCUUUCAGCAAGACAUCAGAAUACUAUGACAUCAUGUACCCUGCUUGGACCUUCUGGGAGGGAGGUCCAGCAGUCUGGCCCAUUUAUCCAACAGGACUUGGACGUUGGGACCUAAUGAGGAAGGAGUUAAAAGUAUCUGCUGAAAAGUGGCCAUGGGAGAAGAAAGUCUCAAAAGGUUUUUUUCGAGGAUCAAGGACAAGUUCUGAGCGAGAUCCUCUUAUUUUGCUGUCUCGGGAGCAGCCUUUAUUAGUAGAUGCGGAAUACACCAAAAACCAAGCUUGGAAGUCUGAAAAGGAUACUCUAGGAAAACCCCCUGCUAAAGAAAUUCCAUUGGUGGACCAUUGCAAGUACAAGUAUUUGUUUAAUUUCCGAGGCGUUGCAGCCAGUUUCCGAUUUAAACACCUCUUUCUGUGUGGAUCCUUGGUUUUCCAUGUCGGGAAUGAAUGGCUGGAAUUCUUUUACUCCCAGCUGAAACCAUGGGUACAUUAUAUUCCUGUUAACCAAGACCUCUCCAACGUUCAGGAGUUGCUACACUUUGUUCAGGAAAAUGACCACAUUGCCAGAGAGAUUGCAGAGAGGGGCCGCCGGUUUAUCCUGGAGCACUUGAAGAUGGAGGAUGUUUCCUGUUACUGGAAGCAGCUGCUUACGAGAUAUUCCAAACUCCUGCUGUAUAAACCAAAGAAACAGAAGAAGUACAUCCAGAUCUUUGCCAAGCAUGAACGAAGUGAGCUGUAGCUCCUGGAGACAUGGAUGGAUUCACAGCAACUGCAGGGUCAGGUUACCUGUGAAACUUACAACACAGUCAAACCAGUUUGUUAAGCUGAGUAACAUUCCCAAAGGUUUUCAAAAACUUUGCUGAAGUUACAAAUUCUGGUCCGGUCAGGAUCCAGCUAAUCUUACACAAAACACAGAGUCCAGCCACUUAACGCUGCAUCCUUCUGUCCACGUUAAAUUCAAGGGAAACAAUGUGGAAUGGAAAGGCUUCAAAAAUAAGGAACAAAAUAUGUACAGUCUCUAUAAUCAUGGCCUCAGUGUCAUCUGUUUAAUUUAUUGAAGAAAAUUCCAAUAGCAAUUUUUUUUUAAUAGACAGUCAAUGGAGAGACACUCAGCAGCUUCAAAGAGUAAGAGGUGACUUGAUUGAAACAUACAAGAUCCCAAGGGACUUGCUAGGAUGGAUAUGGAAAGGAUGUUCCCUAUUAUGAAUUAAUUUACAUCUUGGCAUUGCCUUUCAAGACAAAGAUGAGAAUAUUUUUCUGAGAACUUUUGGAAUUCUUCAAAAGGUGGUGAAAGCCGGGACUUUGAAUCUUUGUAAGACAAAGCUAGAUUGAUUCUGGACAAGCGAGGAGAUGAAGGCUUAUUGGGGAGGGAGGGAAUGUGGAGCUUCGAGAUCAGCCAUGGUCUUAUUGAAUUGUUGAAUAGAAUCGAGUGGCCUACUCCUGCUCCCACUUUAUGUGUUGAUCUGUAAACUCAAGAAGAUCUUCAUUAUUCAUCUUUGGAGCAACAUUCCCAAUAAAGUCAGGAAUAUUUGAGUUCUUAUCACCACUGCCCCUUCACUGAACCAGCAUUGCUGACUUCUAGCCGCUCCAUGGCCAUAUUCUGAUCCAGCUGGUAAAUUGUUUAGUUCUGAAGUCUGUUCCACUUGACUGACAGAGGAACAUUCGAUCACUGCCUGGUGCUUCCCUCCCUUCCUGUUUCCUGUUCCCAUUUCUAGGUCUGCUGGUACUGGAUAGGCCAACAGUAGAAAUCCUAACCUCUGCUUAAGUGCCUUGUUAAAUUGCUGCAGGUAGCCAUGUUACUGUGUGUUUUGUUGGUUGAGGGGUUCAAGUAUCGCAGCUGAUUAUACUCUUGAUGUAUCCAGUCAAAUGAGGCAGUAUCAGAUUUGCUGUCUGGUCACACUGAAAAGAAUCUUUGGGCAGAAUGGACACAGAACAGAAAAACAGCAACCCCCUGCUGCUCCAAUCAACCAAUCACUGAAACUGUGACAACAAAAUGACGUAAUAGAUCAGCUUAAAUAAAAGGUUUUUAAUUAAUUUUUUUACACACCUCUGGCUUGCCUCCAGCAUUCUAUUCUCCAGAAAGUUGUGAUCAUCCAAAACUCUGCAGGCCUUCUCUAAACUGGUACUGAGUCCUGUUCCUGUGACACCCCACCUUCCCAUCAACCUACAUUUCAUCAUGGUCGAGCAAUACCUCGAUUUUAAAAUUCUCAUCUUUGUUUUUCAUGGUCUUGCCCUCUGUCUGUAAUCUUAUUGCAAUCUAGUGUAACCCCUUUAAUUGUAGAUAUGUCUGCUGUUACUAAUGAUGAAUACCAGCUGCGCAUGCUCAUUGGUUUUUAAACAGUUUUUAAAAGUCAAAAGAAAAAAAUUCUAUUUUGAUUAAGUUGUUUUUCUAUUCAUUGAUACGCUGUUUAGUGUUUUUUUUUGAUUUAUCACCUGAAAUAUAUUUGAGACAUUUUG